AUGGCUAUCUAUACUCUUGAGAGAGUCCACUCAGUGCUAAGCACAGUCGUAGAUGUACUAGUUUACUUAACACUCAACUACAUAUUUGUCACUGGCCUCAAUUUGCACACGGGCCACAUUUUAUACAGAGAAAGCAAAGCCACCAUGAGGAUAAGCUGCUGGCGAGGAAAGCCAGAGAAAACAAGGACCCUCAAGUUGCAUGCUGCUGUCACCAAGAUCCAGGUUCCAAGGCCUGGUUUUAAUUACACGUUUGCCCAUAUAUGUAUCCUGAAUAAUGAUAAGACUUGCAUCGUGGAUGACAUAGUGCACGUCCUGGAAGAGCUAAAGAAUGCUCGGGCCACCAAUCGGACCAAUUUUGCUAUCACAUACCCAAUCACUCACUUAAAGGACGGGAGGGCUGUGUACAAUGGGCACCAGCUUGGGGGCGUCACUGUGCACAGCAAAGACCGGGUGAAAUCUGCAGAGGCCAUCCAGCUCACCUACUACCUGCAGUCAAUCAACAGUCUAAAUGACAUGGUGGCCGAGAGGUGGGAGUCCAGCUUCUGCGACACUGUCAGACUGUUUCAGAAAUCCAACAGCAAAGUCAAAAUGUACCCUUACACGUCCUCCUCACUGAGGGAAGAUUUCCAGAAGACCAGCCGCGUAUCAGAACGUUACCUGGUCACCAGCCUGAUCCUGGUGGUUACCAUGGCCAUCCUUUGCUGCUCUAUGCAGGACUGCGUCCGCAGCAAACCCUGGCUAGGCCUGCUCGGAUUGGUGACCAUAAGCCUGGCCACUCUCACUGCAGCUGGGAUCAUCAAUCUUACUGGUGGGAAAUAUAAUUCCACCUUCCUGGGAGUCCCUUUCAUCAUGCUAGGUCAUGGAUUAUAUGGGACUUUUGAAAUGUUAUCCUCCUGGAGGAAAACUAGAGAAGACCAACAUGUUAAAGAGAGAACUGCAGCAGUCUAUGCAGACUCCAUGCUCUCCUUUUCUCUCACCACUGCCAUGUACCUGGUCACCUUUGGCAUAGGGGCCAGCCCUUUCACAAACAUUGAGGCAGCCAGGAUUUUCUGCUGCAAUUCCUGUAUUGCAAUCUUCUUCAACUACCUCUAUGUACUCUCGUUUUAUGGUUCCAGCCUAGUGUUCACUGGCUACAUAGAAAACAAUUACCAGCAUAGUAUCUUCUGUAGAAAAGUCCCAAAGCCUGAGGCAUUGCAGGAGAAGCCGGCAUGGUACAGGUUUCUCCUGACAGCCAGAUUCAGUGAGGACACAACCGAAGGCGAGGAAGCGAACACUUACGAGAGUCACCUAUUGGUAUGUUUCCUCAAACGCUAUUACUGUGACUGGAUAACCAACACCUAUGUCAAGCCUUUUGUAGUUCUCUUUUACCUUAUUUAUAUUUCCUUUGCCUUAAUGGGCUAUCUGCAGGUCAGUGAAGGGUCAGACCUUAGUAACAUCGUAGCAACCGCGACACAAACCAUUGAGUACACUACUGCCCAGCAAAAGUACUUUAGCAACUACAGUCCUGUGAUUGGGUUUUACAUAUAUGAGUCUAUAGAAUACUGGAACACUAGUGUCCAAGAAGAUGUUCUAGAAUACACCAAGGGGUUUGUGCGGAUAUCCUGGUUUGAGAGCUAUUUAAAUUACCUUCGGAAACUCAAUGUAUCCACUGGCUUGCCUAAGAAAAAUUUCACAGACAUGUUGAGGAAUUCCUUUCUGAAAGCCCCUCAAUUUUCACAUUUUCAAGAGGACAUCAUCUUCUCUAAAAAAUACAAUGAUGAGGUCGAUGUAGUGGCCUCCAGAAUGUUUCUGGUGGCCAAGACCAUGGAAACAAACAGAGAAGAACUCUAUGAUCUCUUGGAAACCCUGAGGAGACUUUCUGUCACCUCCAAGGUGAAGUUCAUCGUCUUCAAUCCGUCCUUUGUGUACAUGGAUCGAUAUGCCUCCUCUCUGGGAGCCCCCCUGCACAACUCCUGCAUCAGUGCUUUGUUCCUGCUCUUCUUCUCGGCAUUCCUGGUGGCAGAUUCACUGAUUAACGUCUGGAUCACUCUAACAGUUGUGUCCGUGGAGUUUGGAGUGAUAGGUUUCAUGACAUUAUGGAAAGUAGAACUGGACUGCAUUUCUGUGCUAUGCUUAAUUUAUGGAAUUAAUUACACAAUUGACAAUUGUGCUCCACUGUUAUCCACAUUUGUUCUGGGCAAGGAUUUCACAAGAACUAAAUGGGUAAAAAAUGCCCUGGAAGUGCAUGGGGUAGCUAUUUUACAGAGUUACCUCUGCUAUAUUGUUGGUCUGAUUCCUCUUGCAGCUGUGCCUUCAAAUCUGACCUGUACACUGUUCAGGUGCUUGUUUUUAAUAGCAUUUGUCACCUUCUUUCACUGCUUUGCCAUUUUACCUGUGAUACUGACUUUCCUGCCACCCUCUAAGAAAAAAAGGAAAGAGAAGAAAAAUCCUGAGAACCGGGAGGAAAUUGAGUGUGUAGAAAUGGUGGAUAUCGAUAGUACCCGUGUGGUUGACCAAAUUACAACAGUGUGAUAAUGUCUGCUUGGUAUAUUUUCACCUUAGGUCUUAUCAAGACCAAAGAGAUUAUGUUAAUGAAACAAUUAAAUUCAAAGUUGUUCUCUUUUUUAAAGAUAGGAAACAGGCAUUGCCAAAAAAAAAAAAAAAGUAAGAGACAAUGGGAAGAAAUGGGCAUGGCAUAUUUUCAGUCUUUAAAACAAAAGAGUUGUUAUGAGAAUUCACACACACAUACACACACACACACACACACACACACACACACACACGCGCUAGGAGACCUAUAGUCUCUUAAACUAAGAUCAAAUAGAAGAAAGCUUAUUAACAAGCAGGAUCCUGUCUUAUCCAAACUGCAGAUGUUGCUGGCAUUGUGACAAAACCCACUGAUAGAAAGGUCAACUGCCAAGGCAGAAACAGCUUUUAAGCAUUGUUCAAACAAUAAGGCUUCCAGAACUUCUGUAGAGCAGUAGCUCCAGCCAUGGUCUGUGGUUUGAGGUUUUAGCUGUCUCACCUAGCUCCCUAACACCAAAGGAGAUGCUCUGAAAGUUCUGACCAGCAAAAGCAAGCCAGAGCCUUGGAAACUGAUACGUGGUAGAGUGGCCAUCACUCAUGGACUAAAAUUGUUUCACCCCUAAAUUCACCCAGGUGAAGCAGUUUUGUUGUCUAGAAUGAAAUUAUCAUAUUCCCCCACUGGUAUGCUUUUAACAUUUGUAUAGUUUGGUUUGGUUAAAACACCUUAAAACCAAUGACAGCUCCAGCACUGCAGAACUGGUGUGAUUCUAUUUUGGAAGAGCUUGUCACUUGUCACCAAAUGGGUCUGCUUUAUUAGUUACAGCUCUUGGCAGGAGGAUCCAGGGACCCAAAACCACAGAGCCAAACCCAAAUACCUGGCAUGAUGGAGCAAAAGCAGGUGUCUACUUGGACCCAGAUAUAGUGUCUCCAUUUUAACAACGACAACAAAAUAGCCAGCUGGUACAGCUGUUUGUGGUUGGCCCUACAUGCAUUUUUUGCAUGGAUACCCAGAAACAUCUGCCCACGCAUAACUGAGGGAAAAAAAUGAACACUGAAAUAGUAAUUUGCUGUUGCUUCCAACUUGUAGUGCCAGUCUGCCUUUGCUAUGAAACACACCUGCUCAGAGACAGAGAGGGGAAGAUCUUUGGUAAGUCUAAGUCCUGACACUGAGAAGCUUUGUAGAAGUGCAGGGAGAUAAAGGGCCAAAAGGGAGACAGAUGGAAAAGACUGGACAAAGUAUUCACUAAUACAAAUCUAUCAAUGAUGGCAGUCCAAUUCUCUUACUAAACUGGCUGCACCUCACCUUGCUGGUUCCCCCCACACCUUUUUUGAUGUCCUUCUACUUCAUCAUAGCAAGGCCCUUCUGUGUAUUAACAAGCCUAGAUAUUUACACUCUUGACUUCCAGUAUCUACAGAAGAAUGGUUCAUAGAUCUAAACAGAAAUGGGUUAGAUCUAAAAAGGCUGUAUACGUUGUCCAGGCCCCUGCAUUUCUUUAAAUUUAUAAAAAUGAAGCUAAAACCUGGUUACAUUUAUAGCAAAUAUCUACAGUAUUUUUCCCUUUUGGAGAUGUAGCUUAUUUAGACAUCUAUAGUGGUAAGCAUUUCCCAAAAGCAUCUUACCUUUCUGCACCUUAGCAGACAUGCUGUGCAAGUUACCCAUCUUCUGCAGAGGAGGAAACUGAGACCUAGGAGAAUAAAGUGACUCACUCAGGUCACACCACUAAAGGAUUUUCAUCAUUUCAGCAUACCUAAGACAGGGCAGGCCAAUUUUCAGUUUUCUCAUAAGAUGGCUAUUACUCCUCUCAAAAUGCAUUUCCAAAGAAGGAACAUAGGACUUUAUUGGCCACAGGGCAGACAUUUUUUUAGUGUCUGGGAUUAAAAUGUUUGAGGUUUAGGUUUGCCGUUGUCUUUCCAAAACAGCAAAAAAGCCCAAAUAAUUCAGAUGUAACCAUACCAAGUGCAAACCUAUGCUUUCUAUUUCAUGUACUGUUGUCCAUACAGUUCUAAAUACAUGUGCAGGGGAUUGUAGCUAAUGCAUUACGCACUUGCUCAGUCUCCCCUGCAGACACACUAAGUGAUAAUACAAGUGUUAUGCACUCAACUAGAAGAUAAUAAGCUUUAAUCUGAGGACAAGUACAGUCCUCACAAAAGGGCAAGUUUGCAUAAUAGAUCUUCGAUCAAUUCUGUCUCCAAGGGGCCUGCAACUAGGCUAUUAUUUAUAAACACAACUGAAGAGGGGAUUGGUUUUAUUCUUAAAUCAUAUGUUGCUAAAUCAUUUUCUGAACAGUGUGUUCUAAAUCAGUCAUUGAUUUAGUGUCAGCCACGUGGAGCACCUCGGCUUAAAGCGACUCCACAAAACUGACACAACACACACACCAAUUAAAUGGAUUUUGUUGAGAAUUUAAUCAUUCAAUUUGGUCAACCAGAAUGACUUACUGUGGAACUUUGUUUUAUGACAGAUAGUAGUUUUCCAAGUUGAUUGAGUCUCUGUAUACCCUGGGAUAUUGUAUUUUUUAAUGAAGGGCAUUUUCAAACUUGUCAACUUCUCUUUUCAGCACUUGAAAUGAAGGCUUAUGGAAUUCUGACUGUGAAAUGAAUUUUUCUAUUGGGA